CAUCUGCCAGGUUGCUUCUCAGUCGCUACUCCUAGCUCUAGGAACUCCUGAGUGCACACGCCGUAACCGUGCCUUGUCGGGAGUCCUGUCGCAGGUUUUUAAGCAACGGUCCUCAGGAGGGCCAAGGGAUACUCACGGUGAUGUCUUCCCCCAGACUCAUUCCCCUGUGGAAAGAUUUAAAACUUCUCAUAAAUGACGUCGUAAAUAAAAGCAAGCAACCUUUAGAAGAUCCAAAGAAUUACCUAGUUGUGCUGAGCGACCGGUCCCAGAUACUGUUCAAAGAGUCUCGCUAUCCUCAAAAUAUGCCGUGUGUAUGCUAUUACUUCAGUGAUGCCUACUUCUUCGCCUCCCUCUCUUGGGUGACAUCGAGCACAAAAGAAAUACAGGCUGUAGUAUGGAUGAAGAGCAAAACUGAGGACAUGGUUGAGAAGAGAACAUUUUCCAUGACUGAACGAUUGCCACCCAUCCAGUCCAUGGUCCACACAGGUUCCUUUCAUAUCCUUGUGGUCUACUGUGGUGACCUGAUCCUGCGACUCUUUGGGGACCACUUUCGGGCAUUCAAACCCCUAGGUAAAGUGCCCUGCCGCUUCAACAUCAGCUGCCUCUGCUAUGACCCAGAAAUGAAGAUGCUGCUGUCUGGCAUCCUGGGGGCAGUGGUCACCUGGGUCAUUGAGCGAGGUGGCACAGGCCUCCAAAUAGCCCACGUAGUCUCCAUGCCAGGUGAUGAGCUUGUCCAGGACAUCGUGCUAAAUGGUCCCAAUGGCUCCCUCUUGGCCCUGUGUGAGACGGUGGUGAGGGUCCUUAUGCGCCAGGGCAAGGGCCAGCUGGGAGAGGUGAAGAGGUUCACAUCUACCAGCAGUGGCUCCUCCAUCACCUGCUGCUUCACCUGUUUUGAUCAGGGAUUUCUCUAUGCUGGAAACCAAGCUGGGGAAAUCCAAGUUUGGAGCCUCCAUCAGGGCAAUCCACUCCACAGUUUCCAGGCCCAUCAGUCGGCAGUGAUCUGUAUCCGUAGCCGACCAGAGGCCCACACCCUGCUAACAGCUGGAAGUGACAGCCUAAUCAAGGAGUGGAACCUGACUUCAGGGAACCUGCUCCGGCGGCUAGAGCUUGGUGAGGAGCUGUACCGGCUCCAGUUUAUUGACAGCAUUACUUUCUUCUGCCAAACUGCCCACAGUUUUUCCUUGCGCCGCCUACCCUGCUUCUACAGCCUCUUCAAUGUCUGUGGCUCUGCUCCCCAGCAGUUGCGUCGGGUCUGCUGUGGGGAUAACUGGUUCCGGAUCCUGUGUACUACUGAGGAUGGCUUGUUGCGCUUUGUGUCCCCAAUAACAGGGGAUCUUCUGGUUAUCACCUGGCCCUUCUCAAUCCUGGACCGGGCUGUGGAUUGGGCCUACGACCCAGGUAAAGAGGAGCUCUUUGUAGCAACAGGCAGCUCCGAGGUGCUGGUAUUUGACACAACCCGCUGCCCUUGCCCAGCCAAGUAUCUCUUAUGCACCUCCCCAAAUUCUCAGGACUUUGUACAAUGCCUGGCUUACGGGCAUUUUAAAUUGGGGCGGGGCCUGGAGGGACUGAUAUUCUCUGGGCACCAGAGUGGUGUGAUAAGAGUGCUCUCCCAGCACAGCUGUGCCCGGUUAGAAAAAUUCAUGCACUUUGGUGCUGUACUGGCACUCUCCACAUUGUCUGGAGGGAAUAUGGGUGGCCGAAGAAACUCUCUGCUCUGUUCCUAUGGAAUGGAUGACUAUGUGCACCUGUCAGAAGUUGUGCUUGGUGGGGUCAAAGUGCAUCUGCAGCCUCUCGCCAGCAUUCUCAGCAGCUGUCACCUCACACAUCUGAUACUCUUGCCCAAGUCUGUGGGUGCCAUCACAGAGACGAACUGCCUGCGUCUCUGGAAGUUCCAUAAUUUUCUGUCCUCUGGGUCACAGGAUGGCUUGAAAUUUAUAGAAACACUGCCUCUGCACCAGUGUGCCAUCACAUCCUUUGACGUCUGCCUGUCCUUGAGUGUUUUCGUCACAGGUUCUAUAGAUGGCUCUGUUCGGAUCUGGGACUUCCAUGGCAGACUCAUAGCCAUUCUGGACUCAUCACUGCACUUUGGCCCACUCUGUUUUGCAAAUGACCGGGGUGACCUGCUUGUGACUUUCAACCAGAGUCUUUACCUGGUGUCCUGUUUAAAAUUGUUCCCCCCAGCCCUGCUGACUCACCUUUCCUAUAUGAGUUUACCAGAUGAAGUACUGGAAGCCCCUAAGCCUUUCAUACCAAGCUUCUUCUUCUCCUUUGAGACCAUGUUUGUGCCCAAGUACAUCUACCUUGGACAAGGGCAACAGAAAUUAGUGGGUCUGGAGAAACUUGUCAACAACCGGGCCAUUGCCUUUGACCAUUCUGUGCCACAUGUGAUAGAAGAAGACGAGGAAGGAAGCCCAGUGUUACUGUGUUCCUCCAUGUAUUAUUCUUUGCAGGACAUGGAAGACUGGAUGCAGAUGAGCAAACGUUACCAUCACCAUUAUGUGCUUCCUCCCCAACUACAACUGACUAGCUGGGAUGGACUCAACCCCUAUCAGAUAUUGCGAUACUACUUUGGUCAUGGGCGGGAAUGGCUUUUUGCCCCUGAUUGCUAUAUCCCCAAUUCGGUGAUUCGUGCCCGUCUUUGGCCAGAGGGCACCCCAAUAUACCUACAGUGCAAUCUGCAUGCACCCCAGCGAGAGUUGGAAUGGGACAAGUCUCAAGAAUUCUUUUUCUGGCACAGCAGGAUAAGAACUAUAAGUAAUAUAGAAUAUCCAAAGAAGGAGGAGGAUGAACACUUCCUAGAAAUGAGACUUUCCAAGGAAGUAACCUACAGUGUCCUUACAGAUACAGGAAACCGGAGUUGGCUGGGAAGAAAGAUGAGUGAAAUAGCCAUUAACAGCAUGAUUGAGGCAAUGCUCAAUAUUAUGAUCCAUGCUUCCUCGCUGAAGUACCAAUCCUGUGUUGCUGCACUAGGGCAAAUCUUUGCCUCUUACCAGGUGUCUCCAACCCUACGCUCUGAGACAGCCCAUAGGCUACUGGAUGAUACAACCAAUUCCAACCCACUGAUCCGAGAACUAGCUUGGGAAGGGUUGAAGCGUCUAGGAAUGAUUACUCAUCUUUUUGCUGUGCCUCUGGCUCAAGGAUUAAUGGACAAGGAUGAAAGAGUGAGGAACAAGACCCUAAUGCUCAUGGCUGAGAUUGGAAUCCAUUCUAGGACCUCACUCUUACAGCUGAUCCAGAAACCAGAGACUUUUCAGGAGAUGCAGCAGGAGAUGAUCGGGGAGGAACCCUUGGAUCAUCUACUGGGGAUGCGGGCCACAGAUCUCCAAAUCCUUUACACUCAAGUGGAGCAGAGAUUGAAUGAAAAUCUGACCUUGUCAAGUAGCGAUGAAAAGCCAGCUUUUUCUUUAGAUGUCUCAAAGCUUUCCGAGCUUAAAUCCUUUUCCAUGAGAGCCUCAACAAGUUCUGAAGAACCUGAAGUAGCCAUCAAGCCCAGCAAAGGCCAACGACGAGGCCGAGCAGGGGGCAGAAAGCAUAGCCGGAAAUUGUUGCGGGGUCUCAAGAAGAUGAAAGAGAGAGGCUCUAAACAUAUGGGCAUAGAACUGGGUCUCUCAGAGGAUGAAAGUGGGACUGAGGCUGCAUCAAUUGAGAUGGAGGAAGCACCCAUCCCUUCCAAAUGGUCUUCAAUCACCAGUGUAAUAAAGGUCUUAAAAGAUGUUGACUCUCAAGAGAAAGAUAUCUCACAGGAUCGCAUUGCACUGACCCUGAAGAGGCUGAGGAAAAUACGUGACAAAAGAGGCAAAAAAGCAACAGCUCAGAAACCCAAAAAGAAGCACAAGAAGGAAGAAGCCCAAGUUAUAACUGGGGAACCUCCUGUAAUAGAACAGCCAGUUAUUAAAAAGUUUAAACUUCAAGGACGGGGAGCCUCUGGAGUCUCUGGCCGCAGGUCUACCGCUGGAGGUAGCUUAACAUGGCGGGAUGAUCUAUGUCGUCUUAUGACCCUGAGGAUAUCUGGUUCCCAAACAGAAAUGUCAGAAAAUCUAAACACUGAGCUAGUGAAAUUUGCUCAGGAGACACUAGUAGAUAGGCACCCCAGCUGGGAACUCUUUCAGGAGAUCUGCCCCCUGUUGAAGAAAGAAAGUAAGGUUCUACUUGAGGACUUUGAUUGGGAUGCAGUCCCGCCAGAAGAAAAACCAAGUUUUACCUAUGAAGGAGCAAUUAGAGAGGACAUGACACAAGAUGUGACACAAGAAGUGAUCGGACAUAAGGAAGUGAUACCAAGGGAAGAAGAACAAGCACAAAAGACAGCAAGAGACAUGCCGGGCUUGGAGGAAACCCAAGUGAUUUUGAAAAAAGGCAAGAAAAAGAAAGUUAUUUUUUUAGAACCAGGUGACGUAACCAAGGGAAAACAAAUACCAAGGAAAGAAGAGAAGAAAACCUUUCAGAAGUCACCUAAGCAAGAGAGGAAAGCUGUCCAGCGGGAAAGAAAAGGGGGAAAAAUAAAGACGGAAAUGACUAAAGAAGAGAGGGAUAUGAGUGAGGAAGCGGAGGAAAUGGCCACACUUGAGGAGGAAGUGGUCGAACAAGAACAAAGACCAGUUAUGACUGAGAGGACACCAUCUUGGCAGGACUGGAAAAAGUCCUGGGAUGAGUGGAAACAGGUCCACGGUAAGUCCAGGAAAUCCUGGAAGGCAUGGAAGAAAGACUGGGAGAAGAGGCUUCUUCAGGAAGAGGAGAAACUACACCAGGCUGGAGAGAAGCCAUCCCUGGAGGAGGAAAUGCUUCAGGAGGAUGAGAGAAAGCUGAAAUGGGAGGAGUGGAAACAAGUCUGGGAAAACAUGUUGUCAUCUAAGUCCAAGGAGCAACUGUACAAGGAUGAGGAAGUAGUGACUUUGGAGAAAGAAGUGUCUCGGAAGACGGAAGAAAAAGAAGAGCAGGUCACAGAAGAGCAGAGACAGAUCCAAGAAGAACACAAACAGGCCCGAAUUCACAGGAAACAAGCCCGAGCUGAAAAAAAACGAGCCCAAGAAGAGAGGAAAUUAGCACAAGAAGAAGAGAAACUUGCACAACAAGAGAGACAAUUGGCCCAGGAAGAGAGACAACUGGCCCAGGAGUAUAUCAAAAAAACCCAGGAGGAUGGGAAAGUGGCCGAGGCAGAAGGUAGGUUUGCCCAGAAAGAGGAAACACUGGCCCUUAGAGGGGAGAAGCUAAGCCAGGAGGCAGAGAACUUGGCCCGGCAAAGGAAGAAACUGGCCAAGCAGUGCGAGAAAGUAGCUAAAGAAGAAGAGAAACUAGCAAAGAAAAGAGGGAAACUGGCCGAGGUAAAAAGCAUAUUGGUUCAGAAAGUGGAAGAAGUGGCCCAGAGGCAGCAAAAUCUGGACUGGCAAGAAAAGGAGCUGGCCCAGAAACUGGAGGAACUGGCAUGGGACACGGAAGAACUGUCUAGGAAAGAAGAGAAGCUGAGUAAGGAAGAGGAGAUACUGACUGAAGAAAAGAAGAUACUGGCUGAGGAAGAGGAGACAUUGGCCUGGGAAAGGGAGAAACUGUCUGAAGAAGAGAGAAAACUGGCCCAGGAAGAGGAGAAACUGGCCCAGGACAAGGAAAAAAUGCCCGAGGGAGAAGAAAGACUGGCCUGGCAAAGGGAGCAAUUGAUUGAAAAGAAGGUGAAACUGGCCCAGCAAAGGGAAAGAUGGACUGACAACAUGGAAGAACUCACAAAGAACAAGGCGAAAGUGUACCAGAAGAAGAAGAAUCUGGCUCAGGAAAAGGAGAAUCUGGCUCAGGAGAAGGAAAAAUUGGCUCAGAGGGAAGAGUAUCUACUCUAUGGCCAAGAAAGACUCACCCACAACAGAAAGCAAUUAGCCCAAGUAAACAACAAAUUGAAAAUUUUCAAGAAGACACUGGCUCAGAUAGAUGAGAAGCUGAUACAGGAAAAGGAGACAGUGAUCAAGAAGAAGGAGAAACUGGCCGAAAGAGAGAAAAAAUUGGUCCAAGUAGAGGAUAGUCUGGCCGAGAAACAGGAGAAAUUGGCUCACGAGAAAAUGAAAUCAGCUCUGGAGAAGGCAAUGGUCCAAGAAAAGAAACGGCUCAGAGGAGAGUUGGAUAUUGCUAAGGAAGAAAAGGCAUUGAACCUGGAAAUGAAAAGACUGGCCGAAGAGAAGAUGAGACUAGUGGAGGGAAAGGAAAUUCCGUCUACGGGAGAGACUCCCGAAACUUCAAAACUAAGGAAAAUGACUAAAGUUGAACAAGAACUAGCUGAGAGGAAAUUGUUACUAGAGGAGAAUAUACUGCUACAUGAAGACAGGAUACUGGCCAUAGAGAAAAGGGAAAUUGCCAAAGGAAAACUGGAAUUUACUAGAGGACAGAGAAUAUAUGCCCAGGAGCAAAGGAAGUUAGCCAAGGAUGCAAGGAUGUUGAUUAAAAAAAAGGAGAGCCUUUCCAAGGAACCAGCAAAACUGAACAAAAUCCUAAAGGCACUUCAAAAACUAAUCAGGGAUGAAAGAAAACUAACCAAUGAAGAAAUAAAGGUGACAAAGAUAAAGAGGUCACUCUUUGCUAAGGAGAGCAGACUGAAUAAAGAACAGAGUAAACUGGAUAUCAAAGCAUGGGAUUUUUCUGAGAAGUCAGAACUGACUAAAGAUGAAAAAAAACUGACUCGGAAGCAGAGAAAACUGGCCAAGGAAAUGAGAAAAAUGACAAACAAAGAAGAAAAAAUAACUGAGGAAGAGAACAGAUUGGCCAGAGCACAUUCAGAAGUCACACUGGAUGAUGAAGUGGAAGGAGGAACAGAAGAAGAAGAGGUAAUCCCAUUCCUUAAACGAAGGUGGAGAAAGAAGAAAGAGGCCAAGGAAGUUGAACCAAAGGAAAAGUUUCCCAGUCAAGUGGAUGAGGUGGAAAGUGAAGAGCAUUUUUAUGAAGAAAUGGAAAGCCUGUUAAAUGAACUAGAGAGGCAAGAGAGUUUGUCUUCUGAGGAGGAGGAGGAUGAAAGGGAUGAAGAGGAGGAAGAAGAAAAGGAAGAGGAGGAAGGGGAGGUAGAGGAAGAGGAGGAGGAGGAGAAGAAAAAGGAAAAGAAGGAGGAGGAGGUUCAGGAGAAGGAAGAAGUGUUGGAGGAGAAAGAAGAAAUUAUGAGUGAGGAAGAGUUAGAAAGUUCGAGUGACAAGGAAGAUGAAGAAGAGAGCAGCUCACUGGAAGAAGAGGUAGAUGAGGAAAAAGAGAUCUUAAAAAGAGAAAAACUAUUUAAGUUACAAGAACAAAAAAGAAAGAGCCUAAGAGGAAGGGAAAAAGUCCCUUCCACUGGAAAAGGAGUUUCUCAUGUCAAAGACAGGGCUAUGAGACUAAGAGUUCUAAAAACCCCUUUGAAGAAACUGGUGUCAAUAGCUCUGGAGAUGAAAGAGAAAACACCAGUGCCAGUGCCAGAGAAACAGAUAUCCUGGGAAGAUAAAAAGGCCACAGUAGUUGAAAUACCCAGGAAAUUCUCAGGGACAAUGGAUAAAGAAAGAGAAGUGUCAGGAAAAUAUGAACCCAUACCUCCCCCUGUUUUGGAUACAGUUUUGGAGUCCCAAGAACAGGACUUAAAAAUCCCAUUUAUGUCCCACAUAUUAAGGAAGACUGUGGAUGCUCAGGAACUCCAGCAUAAACCACUAGGUCCCCAGUGGAAGUGGCUUUUGCAGCAUCUGUCUCUGCUGGGACAGACUGAGGUGCAGUUCCCUCUCUCCCAAAUCCCGGCUAAGGAACAAAAUGCAGACGUAAGCCUCUCAGAUGUAGAGUGGAUCUGCCAUGUCCUAGAACGAAUGGAAGCAGGAGAAGAGCUUUCCAAGGACAGUUUCCACAGACUGUGCCAGCUCCUCAAAGACCUUGCCUCAAAGGGAAAUUUAGAAUGGCUGCAUCUGGCCAAACUUGAAGCCAUUGUGUACCGUUACAGGCAGGCCCUGGAGUUACAAGGCGCAAGGAUCUCAAAACCAAGUAGGGAGUCCACGAGUCCAAAAUACCUGAAAGUGAUUCCUCCUAUACAAGCAAAGGAAAAGGAGAGCUGGCUAGAACCUCUGGCUGUUCCCACACGAAAAUCCCCAUUAGCUACCAAGAGGAUUCCAGACCCAAGGGCUAAAAAUUGGCAUCUUCUAGGAGAGCCUUACAGAAGUGAGAGGGCACAGCAGAUAUCCAUUGCCCACAAGGAGAUGGCAAUGCAAUACUUUCAUCCUGCCACAGGAGACAUUUUUCCAAGGGUCCAUGCCUCUGUGGAAAAGCAAACCCUGGCACUGAUGUUUCAAAAGGACUUCUGGGAUUUUAAGGAUAAACGCAGGUUUCCCAAAUUGCCCAAGUUGGAGAAGAAGACACAGCCCAUUUCUAAAAAAAAGGAAAAGUUGCCUUUGUGGGAGACAUUUGUGGCACUGUACCACGUUUUGCGGAUGCUGCAGCAGCGAUACGGAAAAGACAGUGCUGCUUGGAUGGAACAGUUCAACCAGCUUAUGGAGCUGUACCAACUUAAGUCCCCCCGAAUCCAGAGGCUUCUACUAGAGUUACUGCAGGGAGAGGAACUUCAACCCCAAGAGAUCAUCUACAAAGAGGCCCUAAAAGCCACAGAGCUAGUUCCCGGGGAACGGCUGCUCUACUGCCUGUUUUGUGGCAGCUCUCAUACUGCUAGAGGCCCUCAGGAGUUCCAGGGUGUGGUACCCGUCCCUGGGCAGAACAAUGUGCACACCAUCCUUCCCAUGGGCAUUGCCCAGUAUGGGAUCUUAGAACUUGCCUGGAAGAGCCUGCCUCAAGCUGAUAUUCACCUCACCAAGGCACUGACACACAUUGCUGCUCCCACUCCCUAAUUUGGCACUGACUGGAGGUAGGGACCUUUCAUUACCAACUGGAGAAAGUCCUGGUCACCAGAAUCAGACAUUCAUAUCUCUCUCUUUUUUUUCCCCCU